AUGUGUUUGGGAAAUGUGUACUACGGAUGGGUCGUGGUUCUAGUAGCUGCUAUAAUAAGGAUCCUAGUAUAUGGAAUCUCCUACACUUCUGGUGUAGUUUACGUGAUCAUUCUUGAGAAUUUUGAGACUGGAGCUGCAGAAACAUCAUGGAUUUCGUCACUAAUUACUGCAAUGACGUUUUUUAUCACGCCACUAGCGGGAGUGUUGGUCAAUCAAUUAGGAUGGCGAGUGGUGACCUUUUGUGGGGGACUUCUGACCUGUGGUGGCCUCCUUCUGAGUACUCUAUCGACCAACCUCGUCCUACUCUGUUUGUUUUACGGAGUAAUCACAGGUGCAGGAUGUGGGAUCUCCUACAUGAGUGGAAGUAUUGCUGUACCGACUUAUUUCCAUCAAAAGAAGAUACAGAACCUUGCUGUCGGUUUGGCAUCGGCGGGUGGUGGGAUUGGUUCAUUUGUUUUUCCUCCGAUAGUUCGAUUUCUGAAUAAUGAAUAUGGAUGGAAGGGCAUGUUUAUGAUGAUGGGAGGACUUUCUCUACACAUAUGUGUUUUUGGACUUCUCUAUCGCCCGCUCCCAAAUACAGACCAAAAUGAAAAUUCGAUUAAAAAGAAGGGUCAACCCGCAUCUUCACACGUGCCUGAACCAAAUGACUGGACGUUUCUCAAGAGUUUAGUUUUCCACUUCAUUUCGAUAAACAAUGUUCUCUUUUCAUUUGGUUCUUCUAUUAUAUAUGGGCAUCUAGCAGCAUACGCAAAGUUUCAUUUGCAUAUUAACGACAAUGAUGCUGCGUUCUUGUAUUCAAUCAUUGGAAUCUCUAUCACCAUUGCCAAAAUAUCACAAGGACUUAUUGCAGACUUCCACAAGGUCCAUCCUAUCUUUAAGGCCAUAAAUCAGUACAUUAUCUUUUAUUUAAUCGGUGGCUUUGCUACCUCAUUCUUACUGGUGGUGACUGGUUAUGGCGGCUUACUAGUUUAUUGUAUUUUGUUUGGGGCAAGCAAUGCUGCCAAUGGUGGAUCCUUAAUUCCAGCAAUACUGAUAGAACUGUUUGGGCCAAAUAAACUUUCCCUUCCGUAUGCUGUCGUGUUAGCUCAAAUGUCCAUCGGCCAAAUUCUUGGAGCUCCUGUAGCCGGUUGGAUGUAUGACAGCAUGAAGAAUUACCACUACCCAUUUCUGUUAGCAUCGGCUUCCAUGACAGUUAGUGCAAUUAUUAUGGUUUAUCCAAGACACUAUCUGACGAGGCCGCGCGAAGAAAAAACCAUAAUCAUUAUAGACAUUGAAAGUCCACAAGCACAAGAGAUUGAUAGAUUUUCAGAUGAAGUUAAAUCAAAAGGAACUACACAUUCAAUGAAUACUUGUGAUAAAAUCAAAGAAGAAGAGGGGUCGAUGUUUCUGCAAACAGAUGCUAUGGAAGAUCAACAGACCCAGGACAAGAUUGUGUCCGAAAGAACAAGCCUAAUUACAACAGUGGCGGAGGAAAAAAGGGACAUGGAAUGUUGA